AUGGAUAUUCUCUCCGAAAUCGGCGUGCCCACCAUGGCCAUGGCAUCGGCUUUGACGGUAGCUGCAGGAGCGUAUCUGAACGCGAAGCUUGCAAUUUCAACUGAUUUGGCAUCAAUCUCUAAUGACAAGGCUUUUGCCAAUCGGGUAGGCGAGCGCAUUGCUAAGCUUGAUGGCUCUGCAACCAUAUAUAAGAUGCUCGAGCGAGUAGUGGAGGUUGAAGGACAAGGUGCUGCAGAUGCUCUGUGGUUUGAGCAAAUGACAUGGUCAUAUAACCAAUUGAAGGACCUGGUUGAUAGAAUGGCUGCUCUGCUGAAGGGCCGUGAUGUCAAUGCUGGUGACACUGUGGGUGUUUUCACAACUAAUUCACCAGAGAUGGUUGUGACUCUAUACGCCCUAUCCAAGUUGGGCGCGGUGGCUGCAAUGAUUAACACGAACCUCCGAGAUGAUACAUUCAUCCAUUGUCUCAACGUCUCUGGUUCAAAGUCAAUUAUUUCAAGCGCAGAUCUGGCGCAGAAUGUAUGCGCGGAUCUGCCACACCUCACAGUCAACAUCUCGUCUUUCGAUGGUGCAGAGACAGGCCCAGUAGAGCUCAUCACGUCAGAAGUCCUGCAACAAUUCUCCCCUUCAGGAUUACCAGCAGCCAAACGCACACCAAAAGACCUCGCAGUCUUGAUCUACACCUCUGGAACAACAGGAAAACCCAAAGCAUGCGCAAUCCGUAACAUGCUCACCAUAAUCACCUCUACCCCCCUCUCAACAGACGCAGGCAACCGCUCAAAGUAUUACCCAAUGCGCAUAUACUCCUCUCUGCCCUUAUUCCAUGGCACAGCCUUCUUCACUGGUGUAUGUGGCUCUGUUGGAAAUAUAGGCACAUUAUGUCUGCGACGGAAGUUCUCCGCUUCUCAGUUCUGGAAAGAUGUCCACGAUUCAGGCGCCACACGGAUCCUAUACAUCGGCGAGCUAUGCCGGUAUCUUCUCUCCACACCACCGUCGCCAUACGACCAAAAUCACAACUGCAUCGUAGCAACGGGCAACGGACUUCGCGGGGAGAUUUGGGAGAAAUUCCGUGAGCGCUUCAAUGUGCCUGAGAUCCGCGAGUUCUACCGCUCAACCGAAGGAGUUGCCAAGUUUGACAACCAUGGUGUUGGUGCGUGGGGCGCUGGUAAGGUUGGCUUUUCUGGGCCCAUUCGGCGGUUCUUGGAAGACGAUACUUUCAUCGUCAAGUAUGAUACAGACGCGGAAAUGCCGUGGCGCGACCCUGUUACUGGGUUCUGUGUUCGGGCAGGGCUCGAGCAGGAGGGCGAGGCAAUUGGCCGCGUGCGUGAUCGUGGUAUGCUGAUUGAAUACCUGGGUAAUGAGGCUGCCACUGAGGGCAAGCUCCUGCGUGAUGUCUUUGAGAAGGGUGAUCUCUUCCAGCGGACUGGAGAUCUCGUUGUCCAGGAUGCGUCUGGGUGGGUACGAUUCCAGGAUCGGGUUGGCGAUACCUUCCGCUGGAAGGGCGAGAAUGUCAGCGCAGGCGAAAUCCGUGACCAUAUUUGUCGGAUUGAGGGGGUUCAAGAUGCUGUUGUUUAUGGCGUCAAGCUGAGCAGUUAUGACGGCCAAGCUGGUGCUGCCGGUAUCACACUCGAAUCCCCGGCUGCUGAGGCCCAGUUAAUGUCCACAUUAUAUGAUGAGCUCAAGAGGAAGGGAGUGCCAUCUUAUGCCCUCCCUCGACUAGUCCGUCUCACUGAGAAGGUCGCUACAGGUGUCACGUUCAAGCAAGCUAAGGGCGAUCUGGCAAAGAAAGGCUGGGAUCCUCGCAAAGAUUGUGCUGGUGACAUCUUGUACUGGCUGGAUGGUACCAAGUACGCAAAGUUGGGGGAGCAAAGCUGGUCGGAGAUUGAAAGUGGUAAAGCCAAGCUUUGA